ACCGCCGUUGCCAUAGUUACAGACCGACAUUCCAAAGAUGUGGAAAACGGGGGGCGGGACUAUAAUUUGAGCAAGGGUGGAUGCACUUUUGAACAGCAAGUCACGGCAAGAAAAAGUUUUCCAAACUAUCUUGAAUUGACAGUAAAAAGCAUGCAUUUCUUUAUGUAGAGUGUCAGAAAACACAGUCGGCAAUUUCUUUCACCAGCGAACUUCAUUCAACCAGCGCUAACUUUGCUAGCAUGCAGAGCUAACUGAGCUAACGGUAACUUGCCUGUGAACUGGAAACUGGAAGAGCGAGUGACACCAGGAUGGGAGGGCUCGCAAGACUGUGCCAGAACUGAGGCCAAACUCUCACUCCCCUGCUGCAUUUAGAGCUGUUACUCAUUUUUUCUUAGCAACUUAACAGCAGAGCUGUUUGACAAGAAGACAGACACUGGAUAUGCCCUAUGUUCCUGCUUGAGCAGAACCUAGGGACAUAUAAUGACUAAUUGAAACUUAUUGAAUCAAUGGACAAAAGAAAGUUCCCUGGCACAAUGUUCAGGCAAGCAGAUACAUCAUCCAAGAGGCGCACAUGUGGUGGAAGUGGGCUGAACUUGCCCCAGCCUCCCCCAGCCUCCUCCUCCAUCCAACAGGGCCGUAUCCGUGCUGUGGAGGUGGCAAGAGGGAGAACAGGGUAUGGCUUUACACUGUCAGGCCAAAGCCCAUGUGUCCUCAGUUGCAUCCUGAAAGGGAGCCCUGCGGACUAUGUGGGAUUACGUUCAGGAGACUACAUCCUCUCCGUCAAUGACAUCAAUGUCUCCAAGGCGUCACAUGAGGAUGUGGUCAAACUGAUUGGACGCUGCUCUGGUGUUUUGAAACUAGUCAUUGCUGAGGGAGAACGUCACAGGCGACACCAUCACCACCAACGCACUGCUGGAAGUCGCCAUCACAGCAGCAAUACAAUGGCAGCAUCUUACCUGGACUCAUGCUCUAGUGAUGAUGAGUUGGAUGGUUUCUAUGACAACAGUGUUAACAACAACAAUAACAGCAGGUCAGGCUGUGGAGCUCGUGGGGGUUGGUACAAACCCAAAAUGGAUUCUAAGCAGCUGGGAAUCAACAGGGCAGAGAAGGUGGUGGCAGAGCUGCAGUCUGGAGGAAUUUUUAACAUGAUCUUUGAGAACUCCAGCCACUCCUCCAGCAGCUCGGACAAGGAGAGGCCUGUGGUUAGCUCAUCAUCAAAGCCUCGACCGCUGUCUGAUCCAGAGUUCCCUCCAUAUCGAAACUCUUCCCACUCCCAGAGCAAUCCCAACCUGCUCUCUGAGGAGGAGAUGGCCCAAGUUCUGAAUGACGAUUCAGUCUUCCUGGACUCAGACUUCCGUCAUCUCCACCUUCACCCCCACGAAGAGCAGGAUGUGGAUGUAGGAGAUGGGGGCGAUUUGGGCCUAGAGCCUGGCGAAGGCAUCCUCAAUGUGGGCAUGAUUGUUGGGUAUCUUGGCUCCAUCGAGCUGGCCUCCACUGGGACAAGCUUGGAGAAUGACAGCCUGCAAGCCAUCAGAGGCAGCAUGAGACGCCUCAGGGCAGAGCAAAAGAUUCAUUCAUUGGUCCUGAUGAAGGUCAUGCAUGACAGUGUGCGUCUGUGCAGUGACAGAGGUCAGGUUCUGGCCACCUACCCAGCAGAGAAACUAGCCUUCAGCGCCUGUUGUCCCGAUGACCGGCGAUUCUUCGGACUGGUCACAAUGCAGGCCACGGACGACCAUGAUGACCAUCACUUCAGCAACGGACGAGAUGAAGAGGGCGGUUUGAGGACUUCCUGUCACGUGUUCAUUGUGGACCCAGACCUCUGUCACCACCAGGUCCAUUUAGGUGUAGCCAGGAGGUUUGGCUUUGAAUGUACGCCUGACCCAGAUACAGGAGGCUGCCUGGAAUUCCCGCCCAGCUCUCAGCCUCUCCUCCAGUUUGUCUCUGUCCUCUACCGGGACAUGGGGGACAACAUUGAAGGGGUUCGGGCCCGUGCCUUCCACGAUCCAGACAACGAUGCUCAACAGAACCACAGCACCAGCAGCAACAGUGAUAGUGGGAUCGGCAACUUUUUACCAGAAGAGAAGAGCAACAGAGUGCUUUUAGUAGACCUUGGAGGUCCUCCCAACCACAACCACAUCUCUGGGCCACGCCUCUGGGACAGCCCACCUUCCUCCCAGCAGGCCUGGAGCCCCACCCUCGGAGCUGCAGCCUCUCACCCACCUCCUCCUCCUCCGCCAGCUCUGAGAAAUGGUCACUACCGUCACGAUCCACACCUGGCUGACCUCCCUCACCCUCUCCCCUUAGCUCACCCUGAUGUCCCCGGCAGGCACUCACGAGGGGUCCACCCUCACCACUACCCACCAGGGAAGCGGGGAGGAGCUGUGGGGGGAGGAGAAAAGAGAGGGGCUGGAGGUGCAGUAGGGGUGGAGCCGCAGCGGUGGCUGCCAGUCCAUGUGCUGAGAGACUGGCGUCAGCAGCACCACCACAGCCACCUCCAGGGCCUAAGCAGCGAUCAGGAGUCCUACGCCGAAUCCACUGACGGGUGGUCAUCAGCCAACUGCAGCACCCUGCCGCCACCCAUGAAUAAGAUCCCGGCCGACCGCUACCGGGCCCCGCUGGCUCCCGGAGACCACCUGCCACCACCUGGAGGGAGCCAGCCUCCUCCUCCCUCACAUCCCCACUCCCACGCCCACCGGCUGGCUGUUCAGAAAGAUGAGUGGGCUAAGAAGCUGUUUGGUGCUGGAGACAGGGAGCGGACUGGAGCAGAGAGAAGUGAAAGAGAGAAGAAACGAGGGAAUGCAAAGGACGCGGAGAAAAAGGGUGGUCGGUUCCGUGGUCUGACAAUGGGUUUCCCUCCUCUGCCCCAGCGUUCCUCUGCCAGACGCUCCUUUGGACGCUCCAAACGCCUCAGCCUGGCCCGCUCCCUGGACGACCUGGAGUCUGCUGCAGUCUCCGAUGGAGAACUGAACAGCGUGGAGCUGCAAGGCUGCAGCAGCGACAACAGUCUGAAUAGUAAUGCCAGCCUGCCCAGCGUCCAGAGCCACCGGCGCCACACCGAGAGGAGAGUGGCCAGCUGGGCUGUCUGCUUCGAGAGACUGCUGCAAGAUCCCGUGGGAGUCCGCUACUUCUCGGAGUUCCUAAAGAAAGAGUUCAGUGAGGAGAACAUCCUGUUUUGGCAGGCGUGCGAGUUCUUCAGCCACGUCCCUGAGAAUGACAAGAAGCAGCUCUCUCAGCGUGCCCGGGAGAUCUACAACAGCUUCCUGUCCAGUAAAGCCACAACACCGGUCAACAUAGACAGUCAAGCUCAACUAGCUGAUGACAUCCUCAACGCCCCCCGACCCGACAUGUUCAGGGAGCAGCAACUACAGAUCUUCAACCUGAUGAAGUUUGACAGCUACACACGGUUCCUCAAGUCUCUGCUGUACCAGGAGUGUAUGCUGGCGGAGGUGGAGGGCAGGCCCCUGCCUGACCCUUACCACAUCCCCAGCAGCCCCACCUCCAAACACAGCACCACUGGCUCCGACCGCUCCAACCUGUCCACACCCAAGAAGGAGGACAAAAAGAGCAAAUCUGGUCGAUCUUUGAACGAGGACAGCAGGGAUGACUCAGGAGACCGGAGGAAAGGCAUGUUCUUCUCGUGGUCCCGCAACAGGAGCUUCGGCAAAGGCCCCAAGAAGCGAGAGCUGGCCGACUUCAACUACAAUUUCUCUGGUAGUAAUGGUCGCCGUGAAUCCCAGGGUUCACUGUCAUCAGGAGCCAGUCUGGAGUUGGGGACGUCAGGGUCGGGGAGGAACGAGGGUGAUGUUUCCCGUGGUGCAGUAUCAGUGUCAACAGAGCGCGGGGUGGGCAGCGCCCCCUUGAGGCAGUGUAACAUAAGCUUGCCAGACGGCUCAUGUUGCUCUGUGCCACUAAGAGCCGGAGUGUCUAUCAGGGACCUGCUGCUGGGCCUCUGUGAGAAGCUCUGCAUCAACUUGGCAGCUAUAGACCUCUUCCUGGUCGGAGGGGAGAAGCCACUUGUUUUGGACCAAGACUGUAUGACAUUGUGCUCUCGGGACCUCCGACUAGAAAAACGCACUCUCUUCAGACUUGAUUUAGUACCUAUCAAUCGAUCUGUGGGCCUAAAAGCUAAACCCACCAAGCCAGUGACUGAAGUCCUCAGGCCUGUGGUGGCCAAAUAUGGCCUGCACCUCUCUGAGUUGGUGGCACGCAUUAGUGGGGAGUCAGAGCCUUUAGAUCUAGGUCUUCCUAUUUCCAACCUGGACGGGCUGCGAGUGGUGUUAGAUAUAGCAGAACGCGCUCCUGACAAAGACAAACAGAAAGUAACUCCCUCUAAGAGCCUCGCCCCGGCCUCUACAAGCAGAAACCAAUCAGCAACAGGGGAGGACAGGCCGUCAGGGAAAGCCGGUUCAGCCCACCCCCAUGGGGAAAACGGCAAAGCUGGGCACAGCCCUGACACAAGAGGCCAAGCCUUACCCAACCACUCUGUCUCUCUCCAUAAGGCUCCGGAGAAAAGAAAGCAGAAAAAGAUUAAUAUAGACGAAGCUGAAGAGUUCUUCGACCUCAUAUCCAAAGCUCAGAGCAACCGAGCAGACGACCAGCGAGGCUUGCUAAACAAAAGCGACCUGCAGCUCCCGGAUUUUCUGCGCCUGUCGCCUGUGGCAACCAACCAGGCUGUGCCUCCUCCCUAUGACCCUGAGCCCAGUUGCUCCACCCCUCAUUCCCGUAACCCCAACAACGGCAGCUUCCCUAGCAGCGGUCGCCGGGGCAAUAAGGCGAACAGCAACGACAGGGGAGGAGGAGGUGGCAACCACUUGCUCAACGUGAGCCAUCAGUCCCAGAGCUUGGACUCUGCACUGGGCACUGAGAGUGGAGGGGGGAGGAAAGCCAGACCACCUCCUCCAUUUCCUGGCACCAUCUCCCCCAUCCACCCGUCCCAGGGUGCUCAGCGUGGUCUCCUCCAGGACUCUGGCAGGGGAGAAUCAGUCCAGAUGCUGGAGGAGGACACCCUGUCUGAUCUGACUCUAGUGGGAGAGGGGGACAUUAACAGCCCCAGCCUCAACUACGUCACUCCCUCAGCCCUGCCAUGCAAACCCCCCCCCCGACCCCAACAACAAGCACAGGACGGUCGGCCUAGCUCAGGUACUUCCCCCGUGUGAACUCUUGAAACUUCUGAACUUUCACUGAACUUGAACUGGCUCACUAAAGUCAGUUUGAAGUUCCUUGUUAGCCACUCUUGAUCUGUGGCUGAACGGCCCAGAAUGCAUCCAGAUCUCCUCCUGUCCCUCAUUCAACUUGCUAGAAAUUAGUGCUAGAACCUUUCAAUUUACAUCACUUUCUACAGCCUAAAGCUAAUUACAGAAACAUUUCAACGCAGAUUUAAGUGUAAAUAUACAGUAACUAAUGUAAAAAAAAUACAAUACAUACAAUAGAAAUGAGUGUUCAUAUAGUUAAACCAUGGAUAUAGUGAGUUAUUAUAGUGAUGUAUGCACUACUUUUAGGCCAGCGUCUACUGUAAGUCAACAACAGCCUUAAGAUAAAAAUAGAUCAGGCACAUUAAGAGAGGAAAAAUGGAUGCAUUAAGUUUGGACACAACUUGCCUUGUGAUUUCCCUGUGUGAUGUGUAUCUGUGUGAACUUUUGAGCAGACUUGCUGUGCUGACUUUUCUUUGGAGACGUGAGCUCAAGGACGAGCUCAGGAUGAAUUGGUGAUGACCAGUGCCAAAUCCCCUCCUCCAGCUCCCCCCUCCCUCCCCAGUGUACAGAAUCUAACAAUGCACUUUAACCAACUACAAUCGAGACUUUACACACCUCUACACAUUCUUAAAAUCUAACCUUUAACCUUAUCGCGCUGAUGCGGUGGGCCUUAUCCCGUAAAUACAAACAUAUGCUACAGUACCAUUAACAUACUCAUUUGCUCAGCUGUUAAAGCAUCGUCUCAAAGACAGUUCACUCUGUGUUUCCACCGCUCUGCUCUCACCUCAGGCAUUUCUCGUGUCACUCAUGAAAACCAAGACUACAGCGAGUGCGCACACAUGCGCGUCGCUCGCUCUGUGACCAAACGAUCCAGAAACUUCUGCACCGACUCUACAUGAGCAGUUUUCUGUUUUGCAGCUCCAUUUUGCUUCUAUGUGCUACAUCACACAGCAGCAUGUAUGUUUUUCUUUCUCUCCACAGUUCGACAGUGUUUUUAGCUCUUUCUUCCUGUAGGAUUUAAGCUGGAAAACUUGGACUAACAAGUCAAACCGUUUCACUUUUUAAAAGGUUUCACUGUUGCUUUAUCCUGUACUAUAUCCUCAAGAAAACAUUAAUUUAUCCCACGUCCUUUUCAUUUUUACUAUCAGUUAAAAGUAUUAAUUUGUACAUAGUCUCCUUUGUGAAACCACUGUAUUGCUGUAGUCAUGGUUAAAUUGCAAUGCAGCCAUGCUGUUUCUUCAGUCACGAUAGAAAUCAAUUCUCCUCUGUUCAUUUGACUGUACUGUCUGUAAAUAGAUCAAAUAAAUGUUUUAGAGGUUGAACUCGCUCUGUA